AUGUCCUCACAAGUCGUGCGGUACUGGCCACUGAUCUUGAUGCACCUCCUGCUGUCAUCCGGCAGCGGGGCGACGGCCGGGAAGGUCCCCGCGAUCAUCGUGUUCGGGGACUCCACGGUGGAUUCCGGGAACAACGAUUACAUCCCCACCGUCGCCAGGGGCAACUUCCCGCCGUACGGGCGCGACUUCGAAGGCGGCGUCGCCACCGGCCGGUUCACCAACGGCCGCCUCGUCACCGACUUCAUGUCGGAGGCGCUCGGCUUGGCGUCCUCCGUGCCGGCCUACCUCGACGGCAGCUACACCGUCGACCAGCUCGCUAGCGGCGUCAGCUUCGCUUCAGGAGGCACCGGGCUGGACGCUAUGACGGCAAAAAUCGCGUCAGUGAUAUCAAUAAGUCAGCAGCUGGAAUACUUCAAGGAAUACAAGGAGAGGCUGAAGCAGGCCAAGGGCCAGGCCGUGGCCGACGAGAUCAUCGCCGAGGCGCUGUACAUCUUCAGCAUCGGCACAAACGAUUUCUUCGUGAACUACUACGUCAUUCCUCUCCGGCGCGCCCAGUACACGCCAACGGACUACGCCAGCUACCUGGUAGGCCUCGCCGAAGACGCCGUCCGCCAAGCUUACGAGCUCGGCGCCCGCAAGGUCAUGCUCGGCGGCAUCCCGCCGUUCGGGUGCGUGCCGGCGGCGAGGACGUUGAACCGGGAGGCGCCGGGGGAGUGCAACGAGGAGUACAACCGGGUGGCGCUGAGGUACAACGCCGGGAUCCGGGACGCCGUGGUGAGGCUCGGCGCCGAGCUCGCCGGCGCGCGGGUGGUGUACCUGGACGUGUACGACGUGCCGUCCGCCAUCUUCGCCAGCCCGUCGGAGUACGGCUUUGAGAACGUUGCGCGAGGCUGCUGCGGCACGGGGCUCAUCGAGACGACCGUCCUUUGCGGCAUGGACGAGGCGUUCACGUGUCAGGAUGCUGAUAAGUACGUCUUCUUUGAUUCGGUCCAUCCUUCUCAGAGGACAUACAAGCUUUUAGCGGACGAAAUUAUCAAAACUACGCUGCAAGUAUUCCUAGCAUGA